AUGCCAUUCAAAAGAAGAAUUGACAGUAUCAUGAGCAAUGAUCGAGGCUUUGAACUUGGUAAGAACAAGAGAGUAACGAUUCGUCGUUUCAAAAAUAUCAAUUUGAUUGAUAUUCGUGAGUACUAUCUGGACCAAUCGUCUGGAGACAUGAGACCUGGUAAGAAAGGUAUAUCGCUAACGGAGGAGCAGUACGAUCAAUUGAUUAGGCACAGAAGUGAAAUCGAGAACUGUUUGAUUGAUUUAGGGUCUUCUAGAUCCUUAACGGAUAGACCAGAGAUGGAUUCGUUACUUGAGAAGAAGCAGAAGAAGGACAAGCUCAAGAAGGAGAAGGAGAAGGAGAAGGAAAAGGAAAGGGAAAAGCUGAAGAAAGAAAAGGAGCUGCAAAGAGAAAAGGAGGAUCGAGCUAAUACUAUGGGUGGAAUUGUCGUACCCACAAACGUGAACGCUGUGAAAGAAGAACAACAGGACGAUGCAUCUGAUGACGCAAACAUCAAAGAUGAAGAUGAGGCACAGUUCGAGACAGUGAACACCGAUUCUAUAGCCACUACGACAAGAGCUUCCACCUCUGCCAGCAGCAAUCCAAGACUGGAUGAUCAUCUGGGGAAACUGCCUCGUUCAGCACCUGCUGUAGAAGAAGAAGAUGGCGAUAAUACUAUGGAAAGCGAUCUGGCCAAGGCAUUGUCACAGGACCCUCAAAACGGUCACUCAGAUGAAGAUAUCUCCGAAGCUGAUUAG